UAUUCCCUUAAUUGCAACACUAAAGCGUCUUCUACACAAAGGUUGAGACAAGCCACAGAGUGAAAACAAUGAAAAUGUGCUCUUAAGAGUCUGCCAACAUGUUUUACUAAGAUCUACUCGGAUCCCCUGCACUUCAUGGCGACUGUACUCGAUCCUCAUCAUAAAGAUCAUGACUUGGAUGUGGGCACAAAGCUGCGUGUAGAGAAAUGAUGAGGGCUGCAUUGGAUACAGAGAAGGGGGGUCAUGCACCCUCGUUGUCUGAUAUAUUCAAUGAGAUCCUCCUAAAUAUUUUCAGAGAUUCUUAAUUGAUUUAUUUUUCUUUGAAGCAUGAAUAUUACUCUGUACAAUUGCAAUGCCUUGACUUUAGUGAGGUAAGUACACACAGUCCCAGCCAUAAUAACAAAAUUAGAUUUAAAAAGAAAAAACCCAAUGGUACAGAAUUGGCAUAAUAAUUUCUUUCUGGGUUUUGGUUUUCGGCCAAAAAUGUUCAUUUCGGUGCAUCCCCAACGUAAACUGAAUUCACUUGUUAUACCCAUAUUUGAGCUGGCUCACUGGGCUUCUUUGAAAAAUCAGAAAUUAAUCAAGCAUAACAUUCAACCACUAAAACAUUUUUUUUCUGUUCAGGAAUGAAAGUAAAUAACUGUGCUAUUACUAUUUUACUUUUUUUUGUAAAACAGUAUAUUUAAAAAUCAUGGAUAACAAUUAGUAAUUUUAGCAUAAAAAAAUAAAUAUAUGUAUGCAUGCAUACAUAUACACGUGUGUGAGUGUGUAUGUAUAUACAUUUAUAUACAGUGUGUAUAUGUACAUAUUAAGUACUGUGCAAAAUUUUCAGGCACCACCAGCUCUGUUGUUUUUUUCUGUCAAAUUCUGUGAUCAGAGGGAAUUUGGAAUGAAGUGAUGCGACUUAAAGCUGCUCUUAUAUAUUAGUGAGCUGUCAGUGAGUUGAACUCAUGCAACAUGUGUAUGUAAUGCUCAGACCUGGUGUAAUAGAGGUUUUUUACAGCAGAUAUUUCUUUAAAUGAAAUAGUAGGACAAACACAGGAUUUACCAGUAACAUUAAUUAAGGUUCCACUCCAGUAACAGGGCUGUACUAUUGUUCAAGUGUAAGGGUAGAUCACGCUAAAUACUUGACACCUGUAGAGGAUGUUUUUUUCUUUUUUCCUGAUUUUUUUUUUUAACAACAAAAAACUGCAUACAUAUUUUCUGGAUCUGUUCCAGUAAAGUGAAAUAGAAAUAAGUAUCCCCUAUUGUCGUUAUAGCAUUGCUAAAACAACAAAUCUAAUGGUGGACUAAGACUUCUGCACAGUACUGUAUAUAAACAGUAUAUAUCUAUUGGAGUUUUCACAGCUGCUGACCUUUUAAAAUACCUUUAGAGUCCCAUAUUGACUUGGCUAUGAAACUUAUAAUCGGGGAAUAUGAAUGCAUUUCCAACUCAAAAAUGCCAAGAAGUGGGCUGAGAGAAGGAGAGGAGAAGGGAGAGUGGAGGGGGUGUGUUCUGGUAGUGAAAUGUGACACCAAGAUGCAGCUGUGGGGGGAAAUGCUUUUAUGAAAGGGGGAGGAGUCUCAGACAUCCCUACAUGAAAAACAUCAUCAGAGUAAGGUUAAUGGUUGCAUUAUUGGUGCCCAAAACCCUAACCCAAAACAGUUUUAUAUUCUUAUUGAGGGCUGCAACUUACAAUCAUUUUCCCAACUGAUUCAUUUUGUACAUAAAAUAUUGAAAAAUGUUGAAAUGAUGAUGUUCUCCAAUGUGGCGCUGACAUGACUGGACAUAGCACAGGUUAUUUUGUGGCCAGCAGACGAUGGUUGUGGUUGUUUUCCUCUGCCUUAAUAUAUUAAAGUGGCUGGAUCAGCUUUUAUUUUAUAACUGUAAUGUUUUGCACUACAAUUUGACCUAAAUAGUCAGGCUGACAUGCGCAAGAAAGAAUCUGUAGAUUAGCACUAACUCUUCCACAUCCUGUUGAAGUUGAGUCGAGGUGCACGAAGACAUGGGUGUUGUAGUUUGUUUUAAUGGGUCGCUGAAUGUUACUGAUUUUUUUGAGGGAUUAGAGAUGGUAAGAAGCUACACAUGUGUUUUUAUUAAUAUUUCUAUGUGUUGUUUUUGAUGUUUUUCCUUUGGAUUCAGAUACUGGAGGUGCUUGGAGGAGAAUGUGUGGUUUUCCCUCUGUGGAAAAAAGUGCAGGAUUUGUGUAGUAUUUGAAUGUUUGCUUUGUCUGGAUUUUUGUUGCUUCAAUUUCAUAUCCAAACAAGAAAGAAUUUUUUUGAAGGAGGUUGUGUUUAGCAGGUCUGAAUUAAAAACUUGGCAGUUUGUUUAUGGACCACUUUGGGACUAUUCCAUCUUUUGCACAGUUAAAAAGAAAAAGAUUAUGCAUGUCAAGCUCCCCUUUGUAGCUAAGAAUCAUUUCAUUAUUUUUGUCUUUGUUGUGAUAUUAAAGCAGUCUGAGAAAUGAGGGCGUUUCGGUUGAAGUCACAGCCCGUCAGUGAAGGACGAGCCCAUUCACAAGAUUUUAUAUGGAUGUAAAAUGGCACAACAAAUAGUUUCAUACAGAAAAAAAUGUUGUAAAGCAACAUAUUUGACUAUUAAUCAGUCACUGACAUCCCAUCAUAUCUGACAAAACAAGCAGCAAAUGAACAUAUAAUUUUUCAGUGCAGUGAGUUUUCUUCCAUGAAUGAAAGUGUUCGUCUUUCACUUCCUGUAUCUUUUAAUAUUCACCACUAACCCUGAGGUCUGUUUUCACAGCCACACCUUGUACUUAAUACAAGUGUUUUGUUAAAUAAGCAUUUGAUUUGAAAUGUUGAAGACUGUACUUAAUAUUAAUCCUGUUUUAGAUCUUUAGAAAAAACAACAACAAAGACUUUUGGCUUGUUUAAAAUGCAUUUGUGGUAUUUAUAACUUGUGGCAUUCAUGAACUAAUGACAUGCAAUUAAAUAUAUCUAUAUUUAUUACCAGACUGUGGUGUUGAUUUGUGUAUUUUCUGGGACCCACAUAGACAGUAUUCAAUAACCAAUAGUGCGUGUGUGCCGCACUAUAUGUGUGUCAUGCGCACCAGUGCGUGUCAGGCCUGCUGAGGGUGUGCUCAUAUGCUUGCUUGGUUUACUUGUGAGUGAACUACAGCGCACGCGCACUGGGCGAAAUCACAGCCGCGUAGUGUAGUGUAGCUCACCGCUUCCCCCCCCCCCCCCCCCCCCACACACACACACCAGCGACUGCAGAUUUUACAUGUUACGUCGGAAGGAGUCGGUGGGAGACACGGGGCGGAAUCCGGCGAGAGGAGAGAGAUGGAGACCCGGCGUGCAGAAGCUGAUCAUGUGACUCUUGCCUUUACAGUUUAGGGUUUUUUUCAGCCCGGUUAGCAGAUGCAACCUGUCAGUCAUCCCUUUUUUUAUGGCAGCGUUUCCUCAGAGAAUGACAACCUGGUGAAUGCAGACAGGAUGGAGUAAAACACUGGGCAGUGCUAAACACGCGCAGGAUGCGCAUCCCCAGCAGACCUGGCUGUCUCUCUGCCGUCGCUUGUCAAACAUUUUCCUCGGCGCUCGUGUGGAUUGAUCGCUCCCUUCAUCGCCCUCUUGCUGCUGUUGGAGUAUAAUGGAGAGCACUAAGGGCUCCGGCAGCAGCGACACAAAACCGCAGAACCACCAGUUGGAGAAGAAGAGGUUGAACCGAGCGCCUUCCCCGGCCAGACCUUUCCUCAAGGAUGUGCACUCCCGUGCCACAAAACCUUCUGCCAUCCUCCCUAAAUCCCCCAAACUCAAGCAGCAGCAGCAGCAGUCUGCCUCAGUGAACCGCAGCUCCAGACGCACCACGGCGGCCAGAGAGAAACCAGCCGCCGUGAAAAGUAGCAUAAAGCCAACUGUUGCGAAAAACACCUUAAAGGUGCCCCAGCAUGGAGGGGCAGCAGAGCCCAAAACUGCGGUGUCCAAACCAGACAGCAGCGCCUGCAGCAGCCCGAUCCUCACUAAAGGCAAGAAGGUGAAACUAGUCCCUCCAGGCCCUCGUCCUCCGCCGCCUCCUCACACCCAUGGAUCCCCUAUCCGGGUACCGACCGGAGCGACUGUCGGCCGCGUCAGCCACACCGACAGCGGCUCGGACCUGUCGGACUGUCCCUCCGAGCCGCUGUCAGACGAGAACAGGCUCGCGCCGGCAGCCAGUAGCGACGCGGAGUCCGGUACAGGCUCCAGUGACAGGGAUCUGCCAGGAGCUGAUAAUCCGCAUCGGCCAGAAGCGACAGGAGCGUCCGCUUCUCCUCCUCCUCCUCCCGCUGCUGCUCCGCUGCGCCCAGCAGAACCAGCAAGCAUCAUGUCUCAGGCUCGACCCGCUGCUGCAGAGAAACACAAGCAGGACAAACCCGCAACAAGCGCACAAUCCAAACUGCCAGGCACCAGGGAUGUGACCGAGGAGGACCUGCUGAGGGAGAUAGAAGAUCUGAGAUCUGAAAACGACUACCUCAAGGAUGAAGUGGACGAGCUGCGAGCGGAGAUGGAGGAGGUGCGCGACAACUACCUGGAGGAGGAGGUCUACCAACUGCAGGAGCUGCGGAGGGAACUGGACCGAUCCAACAAGAACUGUCGCAUCCUACAGUACCGUCUACGGAAGGCUGAGCAGAAGAGCCUGCGUGUUGCACAGACAGGACACGUGGAUGGAGAGCUUCUCCGUAGUCUGGAGCAAGAUCUGAAAGUGGCCAAAGACGUGUCAGUGCGUUUGCACAAUGAGCUGGAGAGUGUGGAGGACAAACGCAGCCGAGCUGAGGAUGAGAAUGAGCUGCUCAGGCAAAAGAUCAUCGAGGUGGAGAUUUCCAAACAGGCACUGCACAAUGAGCUGGAGAGGACGAGAGAGAGUGUUCUGAGGAGACGAGGAAGCAGGGAAACGUUUAAAGACAAGAAAUCUACGAGUCAGGAGGAUAGUGCAGACCUCAGGUGCCAGCUCCAGUUUGCCAAGGAGGAGUCCAGCCUGAUGAGGAAAAAGAUGGCAAAGCUGGGCCGGGAGAAGGAUGAACUGGAGCAGGAGCUGCAAAAGUACAAGUCCGUUUAUGGGGACGUGGACAGUCCACUCCAUCUGGCUGAAUGCUCUGGCGGAGGCCCGCACACCACUCGAGAAGCUGAGCUGCGAAUGCGACUCAAGCUGGUGGAAGAGGAGGCGAACAUCCUGGGCAGAAAGAUAGUGGAACUGGAGGUGGAGAACCGCAGCCUGAGGGCAGAAAAUGAAGACAUCCGGUGUCAGUACGAAAGGGACUGCUUUGGGCGAGAACCAUUCUCCAGCAUGCCUUCAUCGCCAUAUGGCGGUGACGCACUGGAAUCGGCCAGUGAGCUCCGUCGCCAUCUCCAGUUUGUGGAGGAGGAGGCUGAGCUCCUGCGUCGUUCCAUCUCAGAGAUUGAGGACCACAAUAGGCAGCUGACAUCUGAACUCAAUCGCUUCAAAUUUGGCCCCAGUAGCAGUUCUGGGCCUGUUGGUGAGGAAGGUGGUGAAGUCAUAUUGUUUAAACCAGGUAAUGGUGGAAACGGGAAUGGUUACACUGGCGGGGUGACAGUGGAGGAGCUUAAGUCAGCCAGGAUGCAGAUCAAUGAGCUGAGCGGUAAGGUGAUGAAGCUGCAGUACGAGAACCGCGUCCUCAUGUCAAAUGUCCAGCGCUGUGACCUGGCUGCACACAUUGGCCUACGCACGGGAAGUCCUCGAGACAGUGAUGCAGACAGCGACGCAGGGCGACGAGAGGGUGCUGAAGAGGAAGAGACAGGGCAACUUCUUCUUCUUCAUCCUAAAAGAGAAGGUCCUGUUGGAGGUGAGAGUGACUCUGAAGACAUGUUUGAGAAAACAGCCACCACCUCAGGGUUCGGAAGCAACAAACCAUCAGAUGGAAGUGAGCUCAGUGCUACUGAACUGGCCCUUCGCAGGAGGGAAGAGCGGGAGUCAUUCAGUAAUGUGAAACGAGAGGCGGAAAGGCUGGGAAAGACAGUUGACCGUCUGAUUACGGACACUGACAGUUUGAUCUUUGAGGGCAGACUGAUGGUGACGACAGGAGGGAGCCUGGAGGGAGGAUCAGCGUCAGGAUCCAAACCAGAUACCCAGGUCCUGGACACCAUCAACACCCGCAUGAAGGCUUUCCGCACUGAGCUCCAUAUCUUCAUGGAGAAUCUGGAGCAUGUGGGAGAGGGGCUGAGAGAAAGGACAGAUGACUUAUCACCCAUGCCAAACCUCACAGAGUCCAGCAGCUUCAUGUCCUCAGUCACCUCCAUGUCCCGUGACUCUCCGAUUGGCACCUUUGGAAGAGACCUGGUCUCAGACUUCCAGUUUGUUCAGAGGGAUGAGCUGGAGUGGCGUCUAGGACAGGAGCGAGGCGUGGAGCCCCAAAGCCAGAGCCAUGGUGGGGGUCAGGCCCUAAGCAGGGGAGCCACAGGAUUCACUAGGUACCACAGGCCCCUGGCUUUAAGAGCAGAGCUCCGGGACACUCCUGCUUCUGACAUCCAAUAUCGUCUUGAUCACGAACGAAGGCUUAGGGCACCAACGGAAGAAAGGGAGGUUGUCGUCUCUCAGCCUCAGGAAAAUGACCUGUUGCGUCUCGAGGCUCAGCGUGCAGAUCUGGAGCUGCAGGGUCUGCAGAGUCAUGACGUGCCCUGGACACAGGAGAGGACUUUGCUGCAACAAGAGGUUCGCCUGUUCAGACACAACACCAUCAUCUUUUACAUGAAGCUCAGGUGGAUCCUUAUGCACUGGAGGCUCAGCCGCAAAGACUACACAAGGGAAGAGGCGGGGCAUCCAGAGUUUGAAAAGAUGGAGGGCAUUCCAGAGUUGGGAGUGAUAAUGGAGCAUGCCGAGGGGGAGUCGGACCAAGAUGACAAACUGUGUCUACCAGCAACUCCGGGGGAAGUCAUGGACUCCAGCUUCACCAUCCCUCUGUCGUCCCCUGAUCAACACCUGCGGCAUCAAAGAGAGUUGGGGGAAAACCGUCGCGUGCUGCAGGCCAUGCGGACGCUGCUGGAAGAGUUUCAAGAAGAGCUGCGGGAGGAUGAGUCCUGGCUCUGGCAACUCCAGCAGUCGUACGCCAAUGACAAAGCUGCCUGGGAGGUCAAGUGGGCAGAGAUGAAGUGCCAGGUUGCACAGUUGGAGGAGGAGACACGAGGCCAAGCACAGGGAGGUGAAGGGGAAGCAGCAGGAGAUCCUGAGUGGGCCUUGAAGCAGGAACGUGAGGAGCAACGGCGUCUGCUGGCUGAGAGUCACAGCACCUCACUGGACCUUCGCUGGAAGCUGCAGCAUGGAGAGAAGAAGUGGACUCGUGAGCGCGCUGAGCUGUUGGAGCGCUUUGACUGGGAGCGACAGGAAUGGAAAGGCACCAUGAGGGAGCUCCACCGCAAGAUGGACAGGAUGCAGAGAGAGUUGAACACCCAGCGAAGCGAAGGUAUUGAUGUCAAAGAUGGCAGCUUUGCCCCCGGAGGUGUCUUUUCUCCUCAGGACAGUCCCUGCAAUGUGCCUCACUCCCCACGCUCACCCUGUACGUCCACACUCCCCCUGGCCCCUCCCACACGCUCUCACUCAGACUCUGAGGCAAUGCUUGAGGAACAAGGGGCCGCACUGAGGCUUAAAGGUCUGACGGAAAACCUGUUCCUGGACGCACUGUCCUUGGACCCCCUCAGUGGCCUGGAGGUGCCACUACCCUCCAGACUUGAGAGUGAGAAGAGGUUUCCCUGCAUGAAGGAGGCUCUGAAUGAGAUUUCGGAGAGAGAAGGUGCUCCUGCGUACCCAGAGGAGGAGAUGAGCGGUGGCAGUCUGCUCAGAGCUAAGUCGGUGUGCUCCAUGAGUGACUUCCAGAGGCUAAUGGACAGCUCGCCAUUCCUCCCCGACAAAACUCGUCACGGGGAUGGGGCCCAAGACGACGUCACUCCACCUCUGUCCCCAGAUGACCUCAAGUACAUCGAGGAGUUCAACAAUAAGGGCUGGGACUUCCCAUCAGCCACCUCUGGCUCAGGUCCUGCCCAGGAGGCUUGGACAGACAAAACCUCUGAUGUACAAGGAGGGGAACCCAUUCCUGAACCAUUCCAGCCACCUUCCUGGUUCCUCACCACCAGCGCCACAUUGACCACCAGCACCCUGAGCAGCCCUGAGCACUGCCACAAGUCCCCACUGAAGGGCAAUGGAGCAGGGUCUGCGGGGGUGGGAGCGGAGCACUAUGGGGGGCACAUCCUCCACAGCCCCACCAGAUCUGGGGCAGUGGUACACCCCACUGCCCAAGACCCAGAAUUCCUGUAUGCCAAGGGGACCAAAGCUACAGGUGGUGGUGAAGCUGGGGUGGGAGCCAGUGGUCCAGAUGAGGUGUUUAGCAGUGGGAGGUGGUCAUGUGGACUUUUGGAGAGUGGGGGGCUAAUAACUUCUCCCAGUCAAUCUCCUAUCUGCCCCACAGUGGCCUUUGCCUCCUCUCUAGAGCUUCAGCUCUCCAGAAACAUGAGUGAUGACAUGAAGGAGGUAGCCAUCUCUGUGAGAAAUGCCAUCCGCUCUCCACAGGGGCCUGUCGUCCGAGACACUGCCUGUCAGACCAACGGACUCACCACGCGAGGCACUCAGACCACACAGACAAUCAGCGUGGGUCUGCAGACAGACCUGCUGCGGAACCUGACCAGCAGCCCCCACCGCUGCCUCACACCCAAAGGUGGCGGUACACCCAUCUCUUCCCCGUCACGCAGCCUCAGGAAGGUUCAGUACUCUCCUGUGAUCCAGAGUAAGUUUGAACGACCCUGCUGCUCGCCAAAGUACGGCUCACCCAAACUUCAGCGCAAACUCUCUACAAAUAAUAAACCAGAGCUGCCGAACACGAGCCGUGCUCCCACUCCCACCACACCGCAGAAGAGCAGCAGUGAGUCUGCAUGGGCUCGCUCUACCACCACGCGCGACAGUCCCGUCCACACCACCAUCAACGACGGUCUCUCCAGCCUCUUCAAUAUCAUCGACCACACCCCUGUUGUUUAUGACUCCAUUCAGAAAUUCAACAAGUCUCCCAGUCGCUCGCGCCCCACGUCCGAGCCCGGCCAAACUCAAGCCGCUCUCGCCACAGACCGAAACAUGCAGGAGUGUUCGCGGACAGUUCGAGGGCGUUCCCCCAGCCCUGUGCAGCUGAUCGUGGAGACUCAGGGGGACAAAAACCCAGAGCUGGUGAGUGUACGGCAGGACCUGUCCGCCCCGCCGGGCUACACGCUGGCUGAAAACGCAGCCCGCAUCCUCAAUAAGAAGCUGCAGGAGCAGAACAUCAGAGAGGAGAGGAGGCUGCAGGCUGGAGGACAGAGCAACCACCACAGCAGGGACAGCAGCAGGCAGGCCGACUCAGACAGAGGACAAUCUGCAUGUGUGGAGGACCUGCCACGCUCUCCUGUGGCUCCGCCCCUGGACUCCUGCUUCCUACGACCGGCCCGCCCAGCCAACCGCAGACCCCCCUCGCGCUGGGCCACCCGCUUUUCCUCCCCGAAGUUGAGAGAGGCCUCCAAGAGGAGAUUCAUCUUCCCGCCACAAGGACACAGGAAGGAGUUGGCAUGAGCACGUCCUCUACCUCCUCUCUCCCUCUUCCAGCUCAGCCUAAAAAAGAUACAGUACCUCAGAAGCCCCGUCCCAUAUCCAGACUCCUUAAGAGGUGGAGCCUGAAUGGAGGGGUUGGGAUCCACCCAGUAGCACCAGCUGACCAUGAAGGAACCAGAACUUCAUUUUAGAAGAACCUGGAAUGUACUGUUGUCUCAAUAGAAGAAUCAAUAAAUGUAACCACAUUUCCAUAAGAGGUGCCUGCACACACACACACACACACACACACACUUGAUUUAAACAUCAUCCAACACACAUAUAUAUAUAUAUAGAUAUAUAUAUAUAUAUAUAAAAUACAUAUAUUUUAAUAACUUUACUAACUGUAUGUGCUGUUGCAUUUGAUUGUUUACACCAUUUAUUUUUUCUACUUUUAUGUUGUCAUGAAUCAGUUCAUGCUCAAAUACGUAAUUAUGCAAGAGCGUCCGUACCUGACAUAGUGUUUCUAUAAUGCUAAGUUAUAAAAAAGAAAAACAACAUUAAAUCAUCAAAUUAUAUACAACCAGCUGAUGCACUUAGAUUAGGAUUACUUAAUAAAACUAGAGAAAUCAGUCAGAGAGUGCAAACCUCUCAGGCCCGGUCAUACAUACGUCACAUGUCUUUGUAGAGAGGCUUCACAGAUCUGUUCACACGUUACAAAGCUCCGCCUCAACCUAUUUCCAUAUGUUAGAAUUUCCGAUGUCAUGGGGAGUUCCAGUCCCAGAUGAAGGAACUCUCCAUGAACGCAGAGCAACCUGGCAUCAGUUUAUGUCAGGAUUCCUAACACUGCUUUUUUUAUGUUUAUUUCUUUAUCUCACAGCAACUCAGUCAUACACAUAGCACCGUUUGAUUUUGAAUCAUGCUGUUUGCAUAUGCCAAAUACCAUGUAGAGAUUAUUAUUGACUGGUAUUGCUAACAAUGAUGUUUGGGUCCAUGGUUUUUUUGCCACUCCCAGCUCUGAUUUCUGAUGUAAAUGCAAGACAGCGUUGUUUGGCGAGAGCCGCGUUACUGUCAAACUGGAGUUGUGUACGAGUUUGUCUGUCCUUGGGUGGAUGACAAAAUGUACGUAAUGUGGUCAUUACAGAUUUGUUGUGUGCAUGUGCGCAGUGUGACUUCCUCCACUUUAAGUCAUUUCAGAGUUCAGAGAUUCCUUUUAAUUCAAGAACUUAUAAUUGAAGUUUUCUCAAUAUAACUAAAGUGCAGUGCUGAAGUGUCAUUACAGAGAUAUGAAAUGAGCAUGUGUAUAUAUCAUGUGUGGAGGGUGGCAGAAGAAUGCAAAAUUACAAAAUAAUUUUGUGCCAGGAGUAAAAAGUGUGCAGUGUAAGGUCAGAGGUCAUGGGAAGUCGUCACACUGAGCACAUGUGCAGAACAAAUCGGGUUUUCCAGUCGUGUCACAAAAUCUAGUGGACCUCUGCGUACAUGCAGACUCGGAGAGUAUGACCAGCCCUCAGUGUUUCUACACUCACUGUAUGUACAGUGACCCUGAGUCUAGAUUCCAGUCCAGAUCAGCACUGACCAUUUCUUCCUUGGGAUAUUAUCUACAUUUCAAGAAGGUUUAACGCGGCUCAAACAAACAUGUCUGGAAACAUAACCUUUCUGGUGGGGGUAACAAUAGCAUUCAUGUUUGUUGUUGUUUAUUUUCAGCCUUUAAAGAUGGAUGUUUCUGUGUAGUUCACUGAGAGGACGAGGCGAAACAUGCUUCACUGGGUCUGAAGCAGAGACACAUGAUGUCAUUUCUGAUGCUAACGACAUCAGAAUCAACGCCUGGCUCUGUGAUCGUGUUGAGAACACGGAAAUAACCCUUAUGCAUAAGUGGAAGGCACUUUUACAAAUAUCAGUGAAAUAUCUGCAUGACUUUGAACACUAGCUUACACAUAGAGCUCUAGUCUUGUGAUCACUCAGCUCCGCCAUGAGGGAAGAAGAAGAAAAACAAUAUUUGUGACAGGAAGUGUCGAGCUGGCGGUGUGUUUCAUUUGUUGUCACAUGUGGUUUGCAAUGACUAAAGAUUUAAAAAAAAAAAAAAAAAAAACUUUUAAAGUAAAUUAUUGUAUUUACCAGACUGUCUUUGUAUAGUUGUUACUAUUGCAUAUGAAUCCCUUUUUCUUUUGAGAAGAAAAAGGGAUUGUGAAUGUUUAAAAUGAAAAGUCUACAUCAAAAAGUCCAAUGAUCUAUAGUCUUAUGUAAAUAAUACAUGUAAUAAACAUGAAUGUGUAUUUACAAGA